UGCACCUGCAUCUUAGAGUUGAUGUUCACUCUGGGAUACAGGUACAUCCAGCUGAUGAAACGCGUGUCCUAGAUUCCACUACUAGCCAGUAUCUAUAUUUAUCUAGUUAAUGUUUCAGGUACAAGAAGUUUUUUGCUGUGGUCAUUUCACAAAGUGAAACUAAGAGAGUUUAAGAUUCAAUUUCUCACUAAAACAAUUUCAUGCAAAAAUUUGUAAGCCAUAUUCAUAACCUUCUAGCAUUGGAUUUAACUUUGAAACAUACCUAACUAAGCUUUUUAUAGACUUUUAUAGUAACCUUAGGUUCUUUAAAAUAAAAAUAUAUUCAUCAACGUUUAUCUUUUGAAUGCUUUCAUCAAAGUAUCCAAUGUAGCUUGUGAUUGAUUAAAAUUCCAAUAUGUAUAAAUCUUUUGGAUUGUUGCUAUUUAAAUAAUUAAUCAAUCGGAUCAAAAGUGGGAAGCUUUAUUGACAAAAGCUUACUGAAACUAAUGUGUGCUUUGUUUGGUUGAAAUUUUCAGCUCAUAAAGAGACAAAGCUAGGACCUAACUCACUUUUAAUAAAGUAGAGUGUAAUAUUGACUAUUGCCGGUGAACUAAAUGAUCAAGGGAACUAGGUGAAUGGAACAGGGUUAUAAUGAAGUGAAACAAUGCUGAUUUGUUUACUGACAGGCAGUGUUAUUUAAAAGCAUCAGUUAUUUCGUUUGUUCAAUAGUUAUAGUAUUUCUCCUAGAUAUUUUUGAGAAACCACUUAUGAGUGAAUAACAGCUCGUCUACAUCAAAGAAAUACGACCAAACCACAAAAUAUUUAAAAAGCCAUAACAUAAACUCUUGCGAGAAAAGAAAGACUCUUUCGCUACCACAUCUAUGUAUUCAACAAUAGACAUAUAACAUCAAUAUACUAAGUUAGUACACAGUUACUGAGAACAGGUGUGAGCAUGAUGUAUAUGUUUUGAAGAAGUUAAAUAUCGGCUGUUUAUUCAGAAUACUGGUUAUAAAAAUAAGAAUAAUAUGCUAUAGUAAACUAUAUUCAUUGUAACUACAAUAGCAUAAUUAGACAAUCGAAAUCAGAGAUUUACAUCAUAUAAGAGAUUUGAAAUAUUAAUUACACUUCGUCUGAAAUUAUUAUUUUUUGCUGAAUCUUCGGUAUGAUAACUGGAGUGAGGAACAAAUAAACUAUUGAUGUAAAAUUUAAUCAGAAUCGUCAUCAUCGCUGUUUCGGUACACUAUCGACUGAUUUAUUUGAAGUGACUAAUGAACAAUCCUUGUUUCAUUCUAAUCAGUACGUGUAUCAACGAACUGUGAAAUGGAGAAAAAUGAUUUAUUAUUUAUGAUUAUAAUUAUUCCCUAUCUAGUUCUUUUGAUUCAAGCCUAAUUUUCAAGUCAUUCUAUAAGGUGAUAAAAUCAUUUCAUCAAUUACUUCUAUCAUGAAUAAUGAAUUGUAAUAAAUAAGUGUAAAACAUGUUUCUCUUUCUCUCUAACAAGUGAUAAACUUGUUCAUCAACACAUUUGGUUCUAUUUCUGGGUAUAACUCAAGUUUGUAGUUAACAGUGCAUGAACAAGUGAAAUCAAGUCUUUCAAGAUGAAUAUAAAACUAAAAGAAUUUUAUUAUGAAAAGUAAGCAAUAUAAAAACGAAUAUAAAUGAGUGAAUAAUCAAUUAAAGUUUUCUGGCAAACGUCAACGUUUAAAUUAGUAAUAAUCUUAGCUACAAAAUGAUAUCGGUAGUUGAUAGACAGUAUGUGUCAGCUGUACGCAUUGAUCACUUAUAUUUUUUAUUGGUCAAUCAUUAAGAUAUACAUUUGGCACAUUUUUUAAAAUAGCAAAGUUAAAUAACUACAGCAAUUGAUACAAUCUCAAACGUUCGGAGUUAGAAUUUAGAUUUCGUUACACUUCAAGAUGACUAUGAUGUAUCUUGCGCAAAUUAUAUUGGUGACAAUGUUGCUUCUGAUAAACACAGAAUACAGUCUAUCAUUGAAGUGUUACACAUGCAGUUUCUGUUCAAUACCAUUUGAUCCAAACUCACCACUAGUUGAUGAACAUUAUGGUUGUAAAUGGUGUGCAAAAAUUAGGAUAGAAGGUAUACCCUUUCCACAUAGACUCUGUGCAGCUGAUUGUGGAUUUAAUUACUGGAAAAGAAAUUUUACUUCCUUUAGUUAUGACUGUUGCCAAACAGACUUAUGUAAUAAAAGCAUACAGACUCGGGUAACACAUAAAUUUCUACUUAGUAUUGUCUUAAUUAUUAUUUGUUAUAUUGUUAAUAAGAAAAACUGAAACAAUAUCAAAAUUCACUUAUUACUACAUACACACUUUGUUGUUUAUUUGCACUUUAACUUACCACUCAAAUGUAUUUCAUUUAACUUCAUGUUGUAAUAAUAAUCAUCUCUUUUAAAAAAAAAGUUAAUUUUGAUUUUCGAAUUUCCAAAUUUGUAGUAUCAUAUGCAUAUCACACUUAGAUUGUAGAUGUUUAAUCAACUUACUUAAGUUAAACAUCGUCUUAUAUUGGAUGAAAU